GUGUCAUUCUACAGAAAUACGGUUUAAUCUCUAAAACCCCUCAGUCGUUCGCUACUCGCUACACCUCCCACCACGGUAAUGCUAGCAGCAUUCCUUCAUGGUAGGCAGCGUUGCGCCAAUUUUUCAUACCAAGUCAUGUCAAACAUGGUGGCAACACGUCUCAACCGUCCUAUGCACCGCCUGCAUGGCAGCAGGAAUGGGCAACAUCUACAGAUUGCCACAAACUACGCUGAUCAGAGGCGGGUUGCCGUUUGUCGUAGCUCACACAGUGCUUACACUGCUAGUCGGAUUGCCCUUACUGUUCUUGGAACUGGGGGUGGGACAGAUGGCACAGGAAGGGGUGGUCAAAGCAUGGAGAGCGGUACCUUUCUUCAAAGGAAUAGGAUACGUGAAGUUACUAGCCGGAUGUCUCUUGAGUAUUUAUUAUCCCUUAUACAUGGGCCUUUCAACAUUUUACGUUAUAUGGCUUCUGAAAGGACCGGCCCCUUUCCAAGAAUGUUCAGCUAGGGUUAAAAUGACUGAGAACGGAUACUCCUCGGUAGGGAAAAAAGGACAAGACUGUCUAAAAGAAACCUUCAUCAAGCCUCCGUUGGAAGACCCGUAUUGGUUUGGAAUUUUUACAGGUUUCCUUUUUGUGAUAUGGAUUAUUAUAACCAUACUGUCGAUUAGAAAGACAAAAAGUUACAUCAGAUCACUUAUAAUUCUAUUUUUUCCGAUGAUUUUUGUAAAUUUCAACUUGUUUGUGAAAUCUAUCAUUCUGGAGCAGGAUACAGAUAGCUUGGGAACAUUUUUCACGAGUGCUGAGUGGUCUAAAUUCACCAGUUCAGAGGUAUGGUACUAUGCUUGCAUCCAAGUAUUUUUCUCUACAAAUGUUGGAUUCGGACAAUUUGUUACCAAUGCAGGCAUUAUUUACAAUAAAGUCAACCCAUGCUGGACGGCAGUAGGAUACAUAACGAUAAACCUCCUCUUCGGACUGGGUUCCGUGUUGAUCUCUCAAUCCUUGACGGGUACUUUAACAAACCAAACAAGUCUAAACAUCACUAGUCGAAAUGGAGACAUUGCAGAACUGUACCUAACUUCACUAAUCUACGACAUAACAAGCAGCAGUAGAAAUAGCGAGAUCAAAGCAUGGGCGAUCAUGUUCUUUUUAUUGAUCUUGCUAUCUGGUUUUAUCAGCAUGGCAACCAUAACAUACGCAUUAUUGAAGACACUGACUAUAGAAAGUCGAAGAAGAUUAAAAUGGUGGCAUAUGAGCAUUAUUCUUAGCUUUGCUGGGUGCGUUUUAGGAUCAUGCGUAUUGUUCCAACCACAUUUUGAUGUAGUUCAUCUGUUGGAUCACUACAUCGUCGGAAAUUUGAUACUCAUCUGUACAGUCAUCGAGGUUUUGGCCCUUAUUACAUUCUACGGUAUAGAUCGAAUCCGCAGCGACUUUGAGUUCAUGCUAGGUCACAUCCUGUCCAAACUAUGGUUAAUUCUAUGGUGGCUUCUGCCCAUUCUUCUAACGUUCAUUUUCGCCUGGGGAAUGAUCACACUGCCAAUGGAGAGAAUUUUCAAAGAUGACCAGGCUUGGAUGUACGGAAUAGGGUGGGGGGUUGUACUUAGCGCCACCAUUUUCAUUUUUGCCGUCGGAGGAUGGAUCAUGAUGCGUCAAGAAGGAUAUACCGUCAGAGAUAAAUUCUCCGAAUCAGUAAAACCAUCCCAAAACUGGGGACCAACUGACCCCAUGUCCCGUCACAACUGGGUUCAAUGGAAUACGAAAGCAAAACAGGGAGAGCGAGACUUUACUUUGAAACGAAAAGGUACUAAAGACUAUACGCGAUCCAUCAAGAAAUCCAAGAAGAUGGCCGCACUCAGUGAUCUGUCAAACACGGCCGUUGACGGAAUGUAUAAAGACAAUCAUAAACAGAGCAUCAGAACUAAUGGUAGGUAGAUAGCGCAUCCAAACUGGCCAGUACGACCGCUCUUUUCUCCCUAUUGUAUGCAUAAUGUCGAUUACCGUACCAAGGAGGCAAUCAAUGCUUGAGCACUGACAGUUGUUGACGUUUAAACGGUAUAUUUUUUUACUUCGCAGGUAGCAAUGUGUACAACGAAGUACUAGAUCACCUCAAUGGAUCACUAAGGGUCACUUCAAUCAUUGACUCUUUUGAUCUGAAUCACUACAACACCACUGAGGAAAAUAGGGUCAAGAACCUGAAUCCGCUGAGUAGGACAAACAGCUAUAUGAACGCAUCUACGUUUGAAGAGUAUGGGACCUUCAGAAAAGGUCCUUAUAUCAUAGACGACAACGUAGAUCACGUGUGUUACAGAAGGUAUAGUGAUGCCGAGGAUGCGACCCAACUUUAAAUGUAAAUUAUGUAGUAGAGAGAAUACUGUUCUAUCGAGAACUACGAAAAAUAAACUUAAAGCGCUUUAAAUGCGAUAUGCAUUAUUAUAAUGUUUAUCUGCCAAACAGUUUCAGGUAGCAUAAAAAGAAUUCACAUGUUCUGAUCAAAUUUACGUGAUAGUAGAAAUGAAAGUACAUAUUUCUAUAUGAUCGAAUGGACGACGAACUUGAUACAGCGGAAUAUUAAAAAUAUCAAUUUUGCGUUGGAAAAUAAUUUCCGUCUCCAUCCAACUAUAAGGUUUUCCUUAGUAGUGAUAGCUAAAAAAUAGUGAGAAAAAUAUAUAAAACACUUUUAUGACAUUUAAUUUUUAUUUUUUAAUCCUAUCUGCCAUUUCUAUAUGAUUGUUUAUUACGAGAUAAGAAAUACCCUGUAUAUUGUAUUUGAGCAUAUUUAUGUCCAGAAUUCCAAGUUAUGAAUAUUACAAACCCUUCAUGCUAUCUAGAGUAUAUUAAGAGUUAUGUAUAUG